GCCUGGUGCGGAUGGUUGGGAUUUAGGACUGCAUACUUGGUUCCGGUGCAGGCUUAUCACCGUUUCAGCAUGUUUUUAAGGAAGCAGAUGGCACAGGCCUAUCACCUUUUCAGCAUGUUUUUCAGGAAGCAGGUGGCACAGGCUUGCAUGAUGGAGGCUGCACAGUAUGGACCUUGGUCAGAUCUUCCACCCGAACUCCUGGGCCUUGUCCUCAAGCGCCUCCCUUCCCUAGCUGACUGUGUUCGUCUGAGGGCAGUCUGUCACCCAUGGCACUCUAACAGUCUGCUGCAACCGCUUCCUCUUCCAUUCCCAUGGAUCGCCCUCCCUGAUGGAACAUUCCUCAGCAUCCCAGGAGGCGAGGUUCACCGCAUGCCUGUACCAGAUGGUGCUAGUUGCCGUGGCUCCAUCGAUAACUGGUUAUUUCUCAUGAGCAGUGAUGAUGCAUGCACAUUGAUGAACCCUUUCUCCAAGACCAUGUUGGAGCUUCCUAAUCUGGUCACAGUUUGGCAGCGUGAGGUACGCUACGAAUCUGAUCCUAAACAACUUGUGUACAAGUUGGCAGUGCCCUCACCCCUCGACCUAUCACCUGAUUCCCUUGUUGCGGCAUUGAUUAUGGAUGAUGGUAAUAUUGAUAUUGGUGCACUUUGCAUUAGCCAGCCAUCGACUGCCACUUAUUCGUUACUAGGCAAAUGGCCGCCAUUAUACCCCGCAUUUGAUGUUGCGUUCGUUGAUGGGAAGUUGUAUGUGGUGUCCGUCUAUGGCAAGCUCUUCAUCGUUGAGUUUUGCAAGAACCUUGGUAGUAAUCAAAAUAUCAAAUGCGUAAUUGAGUCUUUGCGUCAUCAGGAAGAACCAGAAUGCAUUCCUAUAGGGGUGCUGUGUACAAACAGGUCGUAUCUAGUUGAAUGUGGUGGUAGGCUCUUGAUGGUUCAACGAUUUAUUCAUUUACUGGUCCCAGGCCCUCCAACUGGUGCCAGUGGCUAUGAAAAAACUCAGACUGCUGGGUUUGUUGUCCACGAGGCCGACUUGCACUCCGAGCCUUGCCGAUGGAGAAGGAUCAGUGAGUUAGGUGGACAUGCUCUCUUUGUUGGCGAGCAUGGCUCCAAGUCUCUGCCUCAUAGAGAAUGCAGCGGAUCCCAGGAGGACUGUAUCUACUUCAUUUUGGACUAUCACCCUCUAAGGAUUUCUCCAAAUCCAUUCAACGACUGUGGUGUGUACAACAUGAGAAAUGGGAGGAUCAGACCAUUGAUGUCUCAGACUGCAGCACAUGCACAUUGUGCCGGCCAGUGGCGCCCGAGAUGGUUUUUCCCUCCAGGAGCUGUGUGAUCAAUCCAACAGGGUUUGCUCUACUGAAACCUUUAUGGUCAGAGGGGUGUGCAGAUUCUCGUAUGUAUGCCUAACUUGUUCUGCUGAAGGCUGAAGCUUUGUGAUCAGCCCAGCCUGAGGCCCUGAGCGCUGCCCUUCUUUAUCCUAGUGAUAUAUUAUCAUGCGACUUAAGUUAUUAGUUAGUAUGAUCAUCAACCAGCCUUGUUAUGGUUAUCUUUGUCCUAGUGCUAUGUUAUCGUGUGACUUAAGUUAUUAGUUAGGAUGAUUAUCAACCAGCCUUGUUCUGGUUAUCUUUAUCCUAGUGCUAUGUUAUGUAUCAUAUAAUCAUGUGUACUUUUAGUUAGUGUCAUGAUGUACGCUUCAAAUCUGAUGAAUGAUCUCAAUGGGAUUUAUUCGUAUGUCA